AUCUCACCAUGUGUUUUUCCCAUCCAGAAUCAGAUUCCGCAAGAAAAUGCUGAGGCGACCAACUAAAAUCGAAGUGAAGAUCGAAGAUAAAGAGGAACUCGAGGAAGCUCGCAGACGCAGCGCCGCCGCCAUCACCCCCACCACCACCACUGGCGCAGCUACUCUUCUCCAUCAGCUCGAUCGCGCCAAGGAUUCCUCUUCCAAAGCGCAUCGCAUUGGUAUUUCCUCCUAAACGAACCCUAAAUUUUCCCACCAGAGCACUUAACAGACGCCUACUUUCUCCUCCCUCAUCAUCCCCAAUGGAGGUGGAAGUGAAGCUGCGGUUGGGAAAUGCUGAAGCUCAUCGUUUGGUCACGACUUUACUCGCUCCGUUUCACAUUAAAACCCAUCGCCAAGAGAAUCUGUUCUUCGACGGCGCAGCCGGGGAGCUCUCGUCUCGCCGCGCCGUUCUCCGGCUCCGAUUCUUCGACGACGACGCCCGCUGUGUCGUUUCGCUCAAAGCUAAAGCGGUCUUGGUCGACGGCGUGAGUCGGGUGGAGGAGGAUGAAGAGGAUCUAGACCCAAAGAUCGGUCGCGAUUGCGUGGCUGAACCGGGGAGGUUGGAUUCGGUGGUGGAGUCUAGAGUGCUGAGGAGGGUGAAGGAGGAGUUUGGAGUGGUGGGUGAGAAGGGAUAUGUGGGCUUAGGAGGCUUUAGAAAUGUGAGGAGCGUGUAUGAGUGGAAGGGUCUGGAAUUGGAAGUGGAUGAGACUAGUUUUGGUUUUGGAACGUUGUAUGAGAUCGAGUGUGAGAGUGCUGAUCCUGAAAGGGCUAAGCAGCUUCUUGAGGACUUUCUGAAGGAGAAUGGUAUUGCGUAUUCUUACUCGGAGAUGUCCAAGUUUGCAAUUUUUCGAUCGGGGAAACUGCCAUAGUGGAGUAUACCACUAAUGGCUAUUGACGCAUCUUAGAAGCUAGGAAAAGUAUCCUGGGGUCCUGAGUAUUGUUGAGUGCCAAUAGCCCUUCGCUUGAGUUUGGCAUGCAUGGGUGUAGUACAGAAAUUGAGAUGAGCCGAGAGACGUCUUGUAUAAAAUGAGCCCUACUUUGCACUUUCUCCUUUCCUUUGUAACAUCAGUAGUGAAGGCUCAAAUCAAGGUUUCAAAAUCACAGUUGUACAUGGUCCCAAAAAAAAAAAAUCAGUUAUACGUAUUUUCUUGUUGGAAAUCUCUCAUGAUUAAAUUUCAAAAUGCAUAAUGUAUGUAUUGUUUGCUGCUGUUGUAAAUAUGGAUGGUAUCAUUAAGCGUGAGCUAGUGACCAUUUUUAUUUGUCGCACUGCUUUUGCAAUUUACUUUUGUAGAAACUUGCAUUCUCUACCCAUUUGUUUUAUGAUAUAAUACGCUCAGCCCGUACGGAAACAUGAUUUUGAUGGUUUAUAUUUUAUGCAGUUUUCAUUUUAGAAGCAUUCAGUUUCAAAAGCCUAAUUUAAAGCCAUGGUAUAGAUCACUAAGUCGCCCAAGGAUCCUCGAAAUUUCCUACUUCACAGCAUAAAGUUGUUACAGACACAUGCAGUGACCUUUUUUAGUAACAUUAUUGGGUUAUAAUUAUGAAUAUUCUUGCAGGUUAACUUUGAUGGGAAAGAAGCAUCCAUCUUCCUGUCAAAGAGUGCUGCGGAAUAUUAUUUAUAUUCCCCCUUCAACAAGAGAACCAUUUGUAUCUCUUUCUUCAAGCAGAUAGCUUCCUAAUUUUCUUUCACGUAUUGGCUUUUUGAAGUGAAUUGUCAAUAAACUUUAGGCUUUUAUAUUUGAGUUUCUUUAGGCCAAGUUCUAUGUACAUUUCACUGCCAUAUUGGUUGAACAGGCUUUAAAAUGAGAUGAGAUGUGAUGGCUUAAUUCAUUGCUUAACUGAUUAUAUGAA